AUGAAUGCCUACGGAAAAACUCCAAAAGAUCGAGACGUAAUCCCCGCCCGCUACAUCCUCAGCUUAAUGACCUUCCUCGGGAUGGGCCUGGUGUUCAGUCACCGAGUCUGCUUCAACGUCGCACUCGUCGCCAUGGUGAACAGCAGCGCCGAACUCGAAAUCUCACGACCGGAGCCGAAGAUUGACGACCACUGCCCGAUGCCCGAAUCGGGAAUCAACUCCUCGCAGAAGUCACCAAUAACUGAGGGCACAUAUCCGUGGACUCCCUCCACGCAAGGAGUCAUGCUGGCUUCGUACUUCUACGGCUACGUGAUCGCCCAAAUCGUUGGGGGUCGACUAGCAGAGCUCCUAGGAGCAAAAUGGCUGCUGGGAGUCACUUUACUUGCCUCCUCGUGCCUCACGUCUGCGACUCCACUCCUGUGCGACUUAGGGCCCGUUUUUGUCAUCACUCUCAGGGUGCUUCUGGGGUUGAUACAUGGGAUGAUGUACCCCGGCUGCUACGCUUUGCUCUCCCGUUGGGCUCCUGCACCCGAGCGGAGCACCCUGCUGUCUGUGUGUGUGAUUGGCACGCACUUUGGAGUUGUGGUGGGCAUGCCCCUCACCGGCUAUAUGAGCGAGCUCAGAGGAUGGCCGUCCUCAUUUUACUUAAUAGGUGGAGCUGGAUUUGCUUGGUGUGUUUUUUGGUUGUUCCUCGUCUAUGAAACGCCUGCAGAACAUCCCAGAAUUUCCAUCUCAGAACUUGAUUAUAUUCAAAAGAACAUAGAAGUGUCAAAUUGUAAAAAGCGUGUUGAUGUUCCUUGGAUGAAAGUUGUAACUUCCGGUCCCGUCUGGGCAGUGACUAUCGCUAAAUUUUGUGGUGCUUGGAGCUUCAUUUGUUUUCAAUCUAAGCUGCCAGCCUACUUGGACGAAGUAUUGCAUAUGCCUAUUCAAAAAAAUGGAAUGGUAAAUUCCCUUUUGUUUGGUGUGCUUUGUGUUUCGAUUGUUCUUUCUGGAAAAGCAUCCGAUUUAAUCCUCAGCAAAACUAAAUUGCGGAGGACAGUCAUCCGCAAGGCAUUCGAAACAGUCGCUCUCGUGGGUCCUGCGUGCUGCAUGGUUUCCAUUCCCGUGGUGCGCUGCGAUGCCGAUGCAGUGGUUGCGCUCUUGACCGGAGCUAUGGCCCUCUUCGGACUCUGCGGGGGAGGGGAUGUGUCUGUCGUAGCCGAUAUGACACCCGAUUUUGCCGGCAAAAUUUUUGGCGUGUCUAACGCCAUCGCGAGCGUGCCCGGGAUCCUCUCUCCGGUGCUUGCUGGAUAUUUUCUCGAAGGAAAUAAGGGAGAUAUCAACCAGUGGAACUGCAUCUUUUACAUAUCUAUGGCCAUCUAUCUGUUUGGAGCAGUCACGUUCCUGCUCUUUGGGUCUGCAGAAGUGCAGUCCUGGGGUACUGCACGAACGGACAUUCGAUUCCUCAAAGAAAGAACCAUAUCUACUAAAGAACGUAACUUAACGUUUUCAGUUCCGAUCAUCUUAUCUCUAGAUUUGGAUGAACCAAAAAAAAAAAAAGACCUUUCAAUCGAAAGAUGA